GCUCAGCUUUUCCCAGUGGAGAGAUCUCUCCUGUAAUCGAUUACAUUUUCAGGCGUGCAUGAUCCUUGCCAGCCAUUUUACUGUGUGGCGGCUGCUUGAAUUGUGUUUACUUCUCUAUUUGCUUUGAAAAUAUGUGUAAAGUCCACGACUGAGAAGAAAAAGACUAGGAACUUGAACCACAUUGAAUUACAAACGUAUUGAAAGUUCCCUCCGCAGGAUUUGUCUGUGUGUGAAUGAACCUCAAACCUCGAUCACUGAGGUAAACCAGGACAGCGACUCAGAUCAGCCAGAAUGACAAUAAGGGAAAUCCAAAUCUAACCAGGAAAUCACUAGCCCAGUUAAUCACAUUACCCGGUUUCAAGCUAUUAAUCGUUUGAUACGUCACCAUGAGUGGGAUUCUGAAGAGAAAAUUCGAAGAUGUUGAAGGAGCAUCACCUUGCUCCUCAGUCAGGGAGUCGGAUAAUGAAAUGUCCAGCAGUGAAAGUGCGGAGAGUGGAGACAGUGUCAACCCCUCCACGUCUAGUCCCUUUACCCCAUCGUCGAUCCUCAAGAGAGAGAAGCGGAUGAGGACAAAAAAUGUACGCUUUGACUACGUGACGGUGUAUUAUUUCACACGGCGCCAAGGGUUCACCAGUGUCCCUAGCCAGGGGGGCAGCACGUUGGGUAUGGCUAACAGGCACAGCUGUGUGCGGCAGUACACACUGGGGGAAUUCGCUCUGGAACAAGAGAAACUCCACCAAGAGAUGCUGAAAGAGCACCUGAAGGAGGAAAAGCUCAGCUCCCUCAAGCUGAAGCUGACAAAAAACGGUACGGUGGAGUCUGAGGAAGCGAACACGCUGACUCUCGAUGACAUUUCCGACGAUGAUAUUGACCUGGACAACACAGAGGUUGAUGACUAUUUCUUCUUACAACCGCUGCCAACCAAAAAGCGAAGGGCGUUAUUACGAGCUUCGGGGGUUAAAAAGAUCGACGGGGAAGAGAAACAUGAACUGCGGGCCAUCAGAGUAUCGAGAGAGGAUUGCGGGUGUGACUGUCGAAUAUACUGUGACCCUGAGCUGUGUGCCUGUAGUCAGGCGGGCAUUAAAUGUCAGGUUGACCGGAUGUCGUUUCCGUGUGGAUGUACAAAGGAAGGCUGCAGUAACACUGCCGGGAGGAUAGAGUUUAACCCCAUCAGGGUACGGACACACUUCUUGCACACGAUUAUGAAGCUGGAGUUGGAGAAGAGCCAGCAGCAGGUGGUGGGGAUGGAGAACGGGUUUGCGGGUGAGCUGAGCGCUCACACCAGCCACCUGAUCCAGAGCCAGAGCCAGCCUGCCCAGGAGUACUCCCUGCCGGACAGCUUCGACAUCGAGAACGAACCCGAAACCGCGGUCAUGCACCUUCAGUCUGCGGAGGAGCUGGACUGGCAGGUGGAAGACGAAGAGGAGGAGGAGGAGGAAGAGGAGGAGGAGGACGACGGCAGCAGUUUGUGCAGUGGGAUCACAGACUCCAGUCUGCACAGCCUGGCGGCCAGUGAGUCAGACGAAGAGACAGACAGCAAAGCCGAGAGCUUCAGCGAGGUGUUAGCUGCCCCGGACGGGACGCAGUCCGAAGCCAUUCCUCUCUCGUCCGUGCUGUGCUUCGCCGAUGGGACCUCUGCCCGGCACGACAGCCCGGAAGAUUCCCCCGAUUACCCCUCGGCGUUAUGUUAUCAGGUCGAGGGCAGCGCUGGCACAGCCCUGACCACCACCUCCGCCCCUCCCCCUACCACGGCCCACCCGGGCAAGGAACCUUUUUGCGCAGAAGCCGCUUUAACGUCGUCCAGCCUCGCGGGGAAGAGGAGUCAGGGGCACGGAUCGCUUUCGCUGGUGCCUUUCGGCUCUGCCGCCGGGCAGUGCGGGGAGGACGCCCAGCAGCUGGGGGGGGUGGGCUUUGGUGGCAGCCCCUCCGUCAUCGUCUGCUGCCCGUCAGGACACGGGCACGGUGCUCAGUGUAACGGGCUGUACCCCCAGCAGCCACAGCCCAGCCGCUCGCCAGCACAGCUGCCGAGCUAUUUAAGCGGCCACCCUCAAGACAGCUUUGUUACUGCUCCAAACAGUGAUCUUUAUGCACCCGGUCAGGCACUGGAGAACAGCAUUGUCCUCCCUGAGGCCAAGGCACUGCUCGAAGAGACGAUCAAAACGUCAGUGGUGGAAACGGUGUCUGUUUGAAAGUCCGCUCAUUUCUCUCUCCAUCUUUUUCUUUCUCUCUCUCUCUCUCCUUCCUCCUCAACCCUCCCUCCGCCGUUAGUCAGAAUAGGAAGGAUACAUAAUUUAAAUGGUUCAAUCUAUGUAUUGCUUUUUUUUAAAAAAAAACGAGAAAAAAAAAAAAAAGUCCACAAAGAAUAUUUAGGGAAAAGAAAAACAAACAAAAAAAAAACACACUUAAUAAUCGUGGUUUAUUUACACCAUUCGCUUUCGAUGCUUUUUAAAAAAGACUGCAAAGAGAGCGGUUGGAUUGGAAGCGAGACUUGAUACGAAUUCUUUAUCCACAGCAAUGAGAUGCUGCAAUGGACCUGAUGUGUUCUGGUACCAGACAUCCCAGUGUCUCAAUCAAUCACGGGACUUUCAGAAGCGUUUUAACAGUCGAGCAUUAAUCGUCGGAGGAUGUGAAGAUUUAUACCACAGGCACUUACACUGCAUACAGAACUCAAAUAAGGUCUUGGGUUUGCCACAAACACCUGCGGAUGGAGCUUCUUAAUGUACAUGUGAAAAUUGUGAACAGAUCUAUCGUUUCAUCUGUGAAUUUAUUUAUGCCAGCGAGUGCGGAAUUAUGUAAAGUAUAAAUUAAAUAUUCCUAUUGAAUUAAAAA